AUGUCAGCAAGCGAAGGUGAAAGUAAGCGUAUAUCAAGACCCCCUCCAAGAAUGACAUACAACGAGUUUGGAAAUCCAAUAGAUGCUCCAACUCCAGUGAGAGUAAGACAACCAAAAGUCAAUUCAAGCCAAUACGCUUCAAGAGGCAAACACUCCGAGACAAAGAAAAAGAUUGCUGAAUUACAAAUUAAGAUCAUAGAAGAAGAAGAAAAAGUUGAACAAUGCUCUGAGGACUUUUCAACCCUAAAAGAGAUCUCUCCAGAAAACCUGAGUGUAGAUGAUGCUGAGAAGCUAGUCAAUGUACAAAAAAACCUGCAAGAAAGUAAGAAGACAUUGAGGCACCUUCAGCUAAAACUACAAGGCCUUCAGUCGUUAAGUUUAGUUCAAGAAGAAGAGCUUAAGGAUCUUGAAGAGCUUAAAAAGAAAAAAGCUGAAGCCAUUCGACAAUCAAUUGCCGAAGACCAGUAUUUAGAAUCUGAUGAUGAUGGUGAAGUCGUCGAAACCAAUCAUUCAAAUGAAGUAAACAUACAAACUGAAGUGGAAGAAAUACCACAAGUGAAGUGUCUACCAGAAUCAAAAAAUGUUCCAGUUGACCCAAUCGUUUUGAUGGCUCAAGCGAUUUCACAGGUGUCUGCUACACAAUCCCAUUCUCGUAAAGAAGAGAAACUGCCAAAGUUCCAUGGUUGUUCAGAAGAUUGGCCACUUUUCAAAGCUGAGUUUGAUCGAUCAACUAAAGAGUACAAAGUUGACAAUUCAAUCAACAUUCGAAGAUUAAGAGAAGCUUUGAAAGGAGAUGCCUUGGAGACAGUUUCAUUCCUGCUACCAAACAUCGAUAAUGUAGAAAGCAUCAUGAAGACCCUAGAAGAUAGGUUUGGACAACCAAAGUUUGUGAUUGAAGGGUUAUUAACUAAAGCAACAGCAGCCCCUUCUCCAUCAGUAACCAAACCUGAAGCAACAAUCAAAUUCGGAAUCGCCGUUCAAGCAUUAGUGGCAAGCAUCACGUCUUAUAAAAGUAGCCAGUAUCUAUAUUCCAUUGAAAUCCUGAGCACUCUGGUCAAGAAGAUGUCGAUAGAAAUAGAAACUGAGUGGUACACCUGGCUUCGACAAGACACCUCAAGAGAAGAGAAUCUGAAAUAUUUUUCACAAUGGAUUUCUAUAAAACAGACUGUAGCGUAUCUUGUGUCAACUCCCACUACAGCUUCCGAAAAUACAAAUGACAAAGAUAGAAAGAAGAAGCAGACUAAUCUUGGAACAGUAUCAACGAACCCCAAGCCGGAUCGAAAAGAAUACUGUGUGUACUGCAAAAUUGAAAAUCAUCAUGUAAGUGACUGUCGAAAGUUUUCUGCACUACAAAUUAAGGAAAAAGACGAGUUUGUAAAGAAGAAUCGUAUGUGCUUUCGCUGUUUAAAGAAAAAUCACACAGUCAAAAAUUGCAAAUUAAGAAUGACUUGUAAAGUUGAAGGAUGUAGAGGAAGACAUCAUACAUCCCUACAUGAUAAUUCAAGGUUCAAUGAAGUCCAGGAAAAAGAUGAAGCCUUCCUUCAAGAUCAGUCAAAAUCUCAACCUCCUUCAGCCCACCAGCUACUCAUAUGCACUACCAUCAGGGAUCAGCAGUUACAGAUACAGACGAUGAAGUUCAAGAAACGUUAUUAUGGUAUGCCCCUGUUCAACUUAAAGGAACUAAUGGAACUAUAA